UCAGUGUGCAUGGCGACGCCACCGACGCCACCCGAGCCUCCGACGCGCUACCCUCCUCCGGUGCCCGAGCUCAAGCUCUCUGUGCCGCCGGUGGCCGCGUCGCCUGAGGAGUCGCCACGCCUCUCGCUGCCUUCAUCGCCCAGCCGCGGCGUCGCCUCCGAGGCGUCGUCCAGCAGGAGCGCCGACGAACAGCUCUCGCCGCGCAGCACGUCCGGCGGCUCCCGUGCCAGCAGGCAGCAGCGGGCAGCAGCGCUGGCGGAAGGCUGCGGUGCGAGCGCGGCCUCGCGCCCGUCCGACCGGUCUCCGCUCCUGAAGGGGUCCGAGCGGUCGCCAGGCCUGCGCUGCUCGAUCCCAAAGGCGGGCAGCUCGAUCCCGGCCUCCGCGACCUGCCCCGCCGACAUGCGGCUCCCCGCUCCCAUGGUGGACCAGCGGCGCAGGGCGGGCGGCGGCGGCGGCCUGCUCGCCUUCCUCGGGGGGCAGCUCGGCUCGGACAGCGCGCAGGCGAUGGUGUACCGGAGCGAGUCUGCUUCGGAGCAGGACGCGCAGCGGCGGCGCGAGGGCAUCUACAACUUCUUCCAGGUGCCGCGGAACCUCGAGCCGCUUCUCCUCUUCGGCUACCUCGCCUGCGUCGACGCCUUCAUCGACCAGUGCACCUUCCUCCCCAUCCGCGUCCUUUUC